CAGAGGUGUUAGUUGUCAAUAUGGCUGUUGUCAGACAGACAAAGCAGAGAGGCAAAUAAUUCGCCACUGAUUAGAAAUCCUUGGAAAGGGGUCGGACAGGGCACUGUUUUCAUACCGCCUUACUGUUCGGCUGCAGUGAAAGACACAGCGGGUCUUUGCUCCAGUAACAAAGUUAAAUGGUUAAGUGGACGAUUUGAACCGAGGUAAGUCAUGCACUAAGCUAUUUCCAACACUAAAAGUGAUGUUAUUAAUAUCAGACGGUCGCUAGCCAGCAACGGCGGCUAACGUCAGCUAGUAUCAGCAUUGGCAUGGCUAGCAUGUUAUGCUAUCAUUCUACAACCCCGGUGCUACCGAAAAUAGCAUAAGUUGCUAGCCGUCCUCUGUGAUGCAUACGGACUGUUCCCCGGUAUAAAUGCAGCAGCAGCUCCAGUGAAAAUUAUUUAUGAGCUCGAGUGUUUCAAGCCGGCUCAUUUAGCGUUUCAUAGGACACUGUCACUCAGUCUGCCAAAGAAACAUUUGCUAACGUUAGCUCGUGGGCAAAGGGCGUGAAGGCUGGCAUCACAGCGGCUCCCCUGCAGCGCGGAGCGGCAGAUCUGUGCUCCAGGGCCACAGUCAGCAAAACAAAAACACAUGGACCAAAAGAUACCAGCAACUUUGGUCAGUGUUUGGACAAUCUAGAAAAAUACACUGCCAAAGAAACGCGUUUGAUUUACACAACAGACUGUACUGGGGAUAUCGAAUGCAUCAUGCAUGCAAUCUGUAUUUAGCAGCAGGAUGUCUGAGUUCAGCGAGGAGCCGCGCUUCACCAUUGAGCAGAUAGAUCUGCUGCAGCGGCUGCGUCGCUCCGGCAUGAACAAGCAGGAGAUCCUGCACGCGCUCGAAACUCUGGACCGGCUGGACCGGGAGCAUGGCGAGAAGUUUGGCCGCCGCACCUCUUCCUCCUCCUCUUCCUCGUCCUGCUACGGAGUAGGUGGGGCCAACAACUGCACCAACAACUCUGCCUCCAACACUACUACAUCACUCAACAAUAACAACACUGCCUCUGCAACCACCACCUCUUCCGUGACAUGCAACGGCAACACCAGCGGCGAGGGCGAUCGCUCGGCCCCCACCGCGUCUUCCACCACCUCCAAAAUCUCCACCGCCACGCAGACGCAGUUCGGCAGCGUAGGGGGGCACUCUCCGUCUCCUAGCAACAGUUACAACACCUCCCCGCCUCCGGGACCACCGCCGCCUUCUGCCAUCUUGCCAUCACCGGUUUCGCUGGUGGCUCAUACGCAGAACGGUAGGGAUAGCCUAGCCGCCACACCCAACGGGAAGCUGUCUCCUCCCAGAUACCCAGUGAACAGCGCGGCCGCAGCACGAGCAUUCGGGUUCGAAGCUACAGAAGAAGACCUGGACAUUGACGACAAGGUGGAGGAGCUGAUGAGGAGCCCCCCCCUCUCCUCCUGCUGCCUCCCAGCUGCCCUGAGUGAACAGUAUAGGCAUGUCGAGCUCCGGCCGUCCCAUUGCUAAUUCCCUCUGCCUC